UUUGGGACACCGAUUACGGCAUAUCCGUUGGUCUACGAAGAACUGAUCGAUUUCUGCAACAUUACAGCCAAUCCAUCAAAUGUCGCCACUUAUACCCAUUUGUGUGCAAUGAUUACACACGUUAUGAGGGAUCACAACAUAGACCUGAUCUGUAUUGUCGCGACGGGAGACGCAAACCUCUAUAAAGAUGUUCCUGGUCAAAAAUGUCUAAACCAUUACAAACAAUCUGCUGAUCUCAAGAAGCUUCGCACCCAUUGUGUCAAUACAAUGGAUCAGAUGUUUCCGACGACUCAAUCCGUGGACAAGUCUUUGGUGUCAAUUCAGACGUUGAGCAGUCGUUACAGUGAUAUCGGAAACCAUAUCUACAGAAGUGUAGCCAUCUUUAAACACAUCGUCACAAGAAUUUCGCCAAACCCUAUAAAUACACUGUUUUAUUAUAAGGCAUAUCCAUAUAAUAAGACCAUUUCAGUGGACUUCAUUUACGAUAAAAAGCGAGUACUUCUGACAUUUCCCGGUAUAUCCAAUGUCUAUAUGUGUGACGACAAGCCGGAACCGUUCGCACCGUUUGAUGUCUGCCGACAGGCAUAUCGUUUUGAUAGUGUCUUCAGUUUGGGAUCCGAUGUUUACUAUCAGAAAAAUUCUAAUUCACUUCACAACAUUGUUUUGGACACACAUUUCGCAAAUGUGCUCUAUUAUGACGCCAAGAUUGAUUUCAGUCAAAAAGUGUAUGCCUUUCACUACAAGUCGUGGGAAUUUAUUUCAGACAACUUUUGCCAUUUUUACGAUAAGAAUAGCCUCGAUGUGGUCGGAUGUGUGGCCGCAUUUGUAGAGUCCAAAUACCAUUCAAACAGAGGUCUUAAAGUGUUUCCAUUUGUAUUGACACCCAAUGGCUUGCGGUCGUACUUGAGUACAGAGUCUGAACACAAAUAUUACUAUUUCUGUCAACUAUUUGCCGAUGAAGUGAACAAAUAUAUAGGAAUUAAUGAAGAGUUUGUGGGCAUCACGUCUUAUUUGGAGGACUACGAGACAAACACUGUGGUCGUAUCGACGCUCUCACCCAUCGAUAAUAUACAACACUUCUAUACAAUCACUUGGGAUGUGAACAUCCAAUACGAGCAAUUCAUGGACAUUACGCCUAUUAUAAGUUUACAACCCAGUGAUGACUAUUUAUGGGACGAAAUUUUUUCAUGUCCGGCGAAUGGCUUAAUAUAUUCAGUGACCAGUAAUUAUUGGGAAGACGUCUGUCCGAUGAAGAGAGGGUACGACAGCCGCCAGAGUGUCUUCAAUAUCGGUCCCGAUCUAUACCAUCAAACGGGCCAUACCAGACAUCGGGUGACCGGGUAUUCAGUUGAGUCGCGGGUAAAUCUCGGAUAUUACAAAGUGAUAAUACACGGCAAGAGUAGUCACGCGUAUCGAUCGUUAGGCCGCUAUAUAUUCGCAAUGUUUGAAUACAAUAGCGAUACCAAAUCGGGAACACAAACAAUGACCCCCUUUGUGGACCCGACAGACCCCGUGACACGAGAGCUCAUAGACUUCACUUUGGGACCGGCGAUGGGCGACACAAAUACCUCCCAUAAU